AGGAGGCAUCCCCGGUCAUUAUGGACAUGGGUUCACUUUUCAUGAAGGCGGGGUUUGCUGGGGAUGACGCCCCCCGCGCAGAGUUUGAGACAACAGUUGGACGUCCUAGACAUCAGGGGGUGAUGGUUGGCAUGGGACAGAAAGACUCGUACGUCGGAAAAGAGGUCACAGGAGCAAAACCUGUUGUAGGAAGAGUAUUGGAAAAGCUUCCUUUAUCUUUCGAAGAAUCUGAAGAAGAAGACCUAGACAUGGCUUUUAAUCUUUUUGAUGAUGAUGAUGAUGAUGAUGAGUCAUUUGACGAAUUACCAAAGAAAAAAGCAUCACCAAAGGAAUUUGAGAAAAGAGGACCAGCAGUUCGUCCUCCCCAUCGACAGAAUCUUAUGAAGAUACCACGCCCACAACCCCCACCAAAGGUGCUUGAGAUGAGACCACCCCCACCACCCCCUCCAACAACAACAAUGGAAUUCUCAGAAUCAGAUCAGGAUGAUUAUGAAAAACCUGAUGCUUUAUCAGUUAAACCUGCCUAUGCCAAAGUUCCAGUGGGGAUGGCAUUAGGAGUUAAGGGUGAAUUGUCAAAGAAAGAACCAUCACCUAAAAAAGUAAGUUUGUUUACCUUGUUAUAAUGAAACAAAGUA